AUGGAUGAAGAAGAGGUGGCAGGCAUGUCCAAGAUGGACACAGACAUGCCCGCCCUUGAGGCUCUGUAUGCUGAGCCAGAACAGGAGGUGCAGCUCACACAGCCUGGGAAGGGGAACUCCGAUUCACUGUCUGAGGGUGGGCCUGACUCACCACCACACAUUGAAGAAACUGCUGCCCCCACCAACCAUACAGGAGCUUCUGUUGGCGAUACAAGAGCAAGGCCAAAGAACAGAGGAAUUCCCAAACAGAUGCUCCUGGAGCUCACCUCAACUAUCAGGCCACGCAUGCGUGAAAUGGCGAUCGCUCCUUUAAUUCCUAUUGGAAUUAAAGGAGCUGAUGGAGCAAUUGCUGGCAUCAAUAGUCAAAGCCCAGUGUGCCAUGCAGAAAGACAUCUUGCAGCAUUCUACAUCUCAGCAAUGAUGAGCAUGGCUACAGCUGUACCUCAAAUCCCCACAUCCCGGUGCAAUGACAGAUGUCUUCCUGGAUACAGAAAAGCUUUUAAUGGAGGAUUUCAUGUCUGCUGCUAUGACUGUGUCCCAUGUUCUGAGGGAGAAUUUUGUAAUACAACAGAUUGUGAGAUCUGCUAUAGUUGUCCUGAUGAAGAGUGGCCGGAUGAGAGAAGAGUGAGAUGUGUACCCAAAAUAUAUGACUUUCUGUCCUAUGAAAAGGACAUUGUGGUGCAAAUAUCUGCAGUAACAGCUUCAUCUUUCUCUGCCAUAACAUUAUUUAUAUUAGGGAACUUUAUUUAUUACUGGAACACCCCAAUUGUGAAAGCCAAUAACCGGGCUGUAAGCUUCAUUCUCCUGAUUUCCAUCUUGCUGAGCUUCCUCUGUGUGUUCUUGUUCCUCGGACGACCGGUGGAUAUAACCUGCAGACUCCGACAGAUGUCUUUUGGGAUCUUCUUCUCCACAGCUGUCUCUUCUGUAUUAGCCAAGACUGUCACUGUCUUCAUUGCUUUCAAAGCCACCAAACCCGGCAGUUCCUGGAGGAAGUGGGUAACACUCAAAAUAUCUAAUUAUGUGGUCAUUGUGUGCUCCUCUGUCCAAGUUCUGAUCUGUGGUAUCUGGAUGACUGUUUAUUCUCCCUACCAAGAGUAUGACCAUCACUCCUAUAAGGGAAUGAUCAUCGUUCAGUGUAAUGAGGGGUCAGUGAUUGGGUUAUACUCUAUGUUGAGUUACAUAGGGAUCCUGGCAUCUGUGAACUUUGUUCUGGCUUUCAUGGUGCGGACAUUACCGGACAGCUUCAAUGAGGCCAAGUACAUCACCUUCAGCAUGCUGGUGCUCUGCAGUGUCUGGAUUGCAAUGAUCCCGGCCUAUCUGAGCACCAAAGGGAAGUACAUGGUGGCUGUGGAGAUAUUUGCCAUUCUGAGCUCAUGUGCUGGUGUUCUGGGCUGUAUAUUUUUCCCAAAGCUGUAUAUUCUGCUUAUAAAACCUGAAUUUAACUCUAGAAAAACAAUGCUGGUGAAAAACACUAUAUAA